AUGAAGAUUUUAGAUUGUGUUGAAGUGCACACAACGUCCGGCACUGUUAAGGGGCUGACCGUACGGGCGCUCAAUACUAAUAUUAAUCAGUUUUUGAAUAUCCCGUACGCCGAGCCCCCGGUCGGCAAACUCCGGUUUGCCAAACCCUCAUCAUUCAAAGGGCACGUGAAUGGAACAAUAGACGGCACAAAACCGGGACAUUCAUGCUAUCAGACGCCCAAUAAUCCAAACUUAAAACAGAGUGAAGACUGUUUGGUGUUAAACAUAUGGGCGCCGAAAGCGGCACAAAAUAAUAGCGAACCAAAAGCGGUAAUGUUAUGGCUAUACGGGGGUGGACUCAAUGGGGGCACCAUUUUUGGUCACUACAACGGCUCGUAUUUGUCCGCACACGACGUGGUAAUAGUCACAGUCAACUAUAGAUUGGGAAAGUAUGGCUUUUUGUAUGGCGGGGUUGAGUCGGCGCCCGGAAAUGUUGGUCUCUAUGACCAGGUGGAGGCGCUUAAAUGGGUACGGGAAAACAUCGGGGCCUUUGGUGGCGACAAAUUUAAGAUCACUGUAUUCGGUGAGAGCGCCGGCAGUCGAUCCAUAUCGGCGCUGAUAGUAAGUCCGGUGGCCACCGGUCUGUUCCAGCGGGUGAUCAUGGAGUCGGGCGCUAACCUCCACUUCAAUGCCCGACAACAGCACACAAUCGCCGAAUCCAUGGCCGAGUCCACACACAUAGCAAAGACACUGAACUGUAGUAUCAGUGGUGCCGGUAAUGCCGACCAUUGGUUAGACUGUUUACGUAAAGUCGCGGCCAAAGAGUUUCAACGCUUUGGAUCACAGUUUACGUUUCCAUUGGAGUUCACAGAGUUUUUGCCCCUAUCUAUACAGCAUGCUUUCAGUCAAUCAAAAUAUAACCAAAAUCUAGAUAUAUUAGCGGGUGUUAACCGAAACGAGGGCUCAUCACUGGCUUACGGCGGGUUCGCUGAACUGCACCACAACAUCACUGACCAAAUCUUUGACCAAUUGGUGACCCGGACUAACAACUCAUACCACGGAUUAGAUCUGCAAUCAAUUCGCAGACAUUAUCUCAAAGAUAAUGACAAUAAGAAUCACACGUCGGAUGAGUUACGGAAAGGGUUUUACGAUUUUUUCGGUGAUCUUCAUGUAAAAUGUUGUACUUAUUUGAUGGCCAAAGAGUACGCCAAACAUCAGGAUAAGAAUAAACACCACGUUUACAUGUAUGAGCUCACUUAUCAGAGUAAGUGGGCUAGACAGACCGGGUGCGAUGAGAAGACCAUGGGCAUUUGUCACGGCUCGGACGUGGAGUUUGUGUGGGGUCUACCCCUAUGGAUGGAUCCCAAAACUCAUACCCAACUGGACAUUGAUUUCAGUAAAUAUGUGAUGAGAUUGUGGACUAAUUUUGCUAAAACUGGGAAAGCUGAUGAGGAAUGGCCACAAUUGGUGGACAAUAAUGUGAUUCAUAUCAAAGACUUGAAUCCAUUGAACACAACCCGAGUAUUAGUGAACCCCUUUCACAGCGAUUGCGAUACUAUUGAAAGUAAUAUAUAA